UACAGGUUGAUUGCCAGUCAGACAGAGAACAGAGCAAUAAUUUUAAAAUGGCUAACAAUACUGCAUCAGAUUGCACUGGGACAGCCAUCAUUUUGGAAAACUAUUACCUUCCGACAAUGUACAGCAUAGAAUUUAUUUUGGGGCUGGUUGGGAAUGUAAUUGUUAUCUGUGGCUACAUCUUCUGCCUGAAGGACUGGAAAAGUGGCAACAUCUACCUCUUUAACCUAGCUCUGUCAGACCUGAUCUUUCUAUGCACCCUGCCCAGACUGGCAGUUGCAUACGCCAGAAAUAGCAAUAUGGUGUCGAUUCGCUUUUUCUGCCUCAGUAACAGGUACAUCCUGCACCUAAACCUGUAUUCAAGCAUUCUCUUCCUUACCUGGAUUAGCAUUGACAGAUACUUGCUUUUGAAGUUUCCAAUGAGACAACAUCUUUUACAAAGAAGGAGUGCUGCAAUUUGCAUUUGCAUUCUAAUUUGGGUACUGGUCACAUUGCAAAUAGUACCAAUCCUUACCUUUAUUAAUGCUAAUAAAAAUGACACAUGCUACGAUUAUGCAAGUUCUGGUGAUCCAUUUAAAAGUCUAAUUUACAGUCUUUCUCUUACCGUCACUGGCUAUCUUAUUCCCCUGACCGUCUUGAGCAUUUUUUAUGUAAAGAUAGCCACAUUUUUGAAGAUUAAAGACAGACAGUUUCAGCGUGAUAUGUUAUUUCAGCGACCCAGAGCACUAGUUUUUCUGGCGGUUGGUAUUUUUCUCUUUCUCCUAACACCAUAUCAUAUCAUGAGAAAUGUUCGCAUUGCCUUAAGAAUGAGAACAGGCUAUACAAAAUGCACAGAGACUCUGAUAAACAGCUUGUAUAUCAUAACUCGACCGAUUGCCUUCUUGCACAGUGUUAUCAACCCCGUUUUCUAUUUUUUGUUGGGGGAUCAUUUCAGAGAAGCACUGUUGAAAAAAAUAAGAGCUGUUUUUGAAAGAAGCUCAGGAGAUUAAAUGGGACAGAUAUAGAAAGAUGUAGCUUUCUUGUAUAUUUCUUUAACAACAAUACAGGUUGAACAGGAUUCAGGACACACUAUUAGCAUUCUUUUAUGUCUCAGCCUGGUACAUAUCAAAGGACCUGCAAAUCUGCACAGCUUGAAUUUUAAAUUUUAUAAUGUCGUUGGUUGAACUUCAUACAGUACUGUAGUGAUAAACAAUUAGCUGAAAGUACAACCACAAUUUUGCAUCUAUCUGCAGACCAGCAUGAAGAAAAGGACUGUUCUACACAGUUUAACUAAACAAGGGGAAGGGUGCAGCGCUAACAGAAAUGAUAACUGCCUGUGUGUACUUAACCUACAGUGCAACAUUCUUUACAUGACUGGUAAUAACAGUGGGUGUUUAUAUCAAGUAUAAAAGGAAUAACAAAAGGAGAAGUUUAUAAAGGCCAUCAUUGAAAUUAGAUGUCGAAAUUUGGGUAUGCUUAUAGUUUCA